AUGGCACCCGGCGAGAGCAGGUCCGCCUCAUUUGAGGAUACAGACUGGGAUGCUCAGAAUGCUGCCGACAACCGCGAGAUCGCCAAGCUUCUUGAGCAGAGCCAGGAUGGCACCAGCGGAGGCUUGAAGCUGGACGACACACCCUUCGACCAGGCCGAUAAAGCUGACGAUGCGGAGGACUUUGAGGACAUCAGCGACGAUGAUCUCCCCGACGAGGUGCCCAGCGCGACGACGUCGCUCGAGAUGCCCGGCCUGACGGACGACGGAGGCACUAGCAACGACGCCGACGACUUGUUCGGCGAGGGCCCGUCUUCUCCAAUCGACCCUGUCCUGGGCCCCCCCUCACCUGGGGCCCAGGUCCGCGAUGACGGCGACGGCGACGGCGACGGCGGCGACGAGAUGCAGCCGACGGAAGCGACGCUGAGCUUCCCCGGAAUAAACUUCGAUCCCGAGCCUGACGCCGGCAACCAAGACCCCGACAUCCCGGAAGCAGCGGAGACGGCCGAAGAGGUCGUCAAGGCUACCUGGCCAGCAUUCAAGAAGGGCCGCAUCCUGACCUGGAGCGAGAUCCUGCCCCCGAAGAAGGCUCUCUGGAAGGAGAAGAAACCGGCCAAGCGACCUAAGCGGCUGGUUAUGAGCAAGCUGAACCUGGAGCUGGAGGCCGAUGAAGCAGCCGCGUUCCGUCUCCCUGGACCUCGGGCGUCGGAGCACAAGUACGGCCAAGCGGCCACCAGCGGACACCUGGUUCGCUGCGACUGGGUACCCUCGGACGAGAGGGAAGACAUGGCCCAGUUCAAUAUCGAUCAAGCAUCCGACUCGGAGGCUGUCACGGGCUUCUCCCUACGUGACAUCGAGAUGGCCUGCGAGGAUUGGGGGGCCCAGAUCAGCGACGUCGAGUCGAGCUUUGCCGCCCGGCAAGAGGCUGCCGAGCAAGAGACUGCAUCACGAAAGCGUCUCGUUGAUACCGAAAAGGACGAUGAAUGGGAUGCCGAAUUCCUGCUGGACGGCGAGGGGCCACCCAAACCUCAGCCAAAGAAACGCAGAAGCAUACCUAGGGGGCUGCCGGAAAUCCCGCGCUACACGGCACCGUCCUUUGACGAUUUCGAAGAGGCGACCCGGCGGGGCGCUAAGCGCGUUCACCUGGACAUGUCAGACCCUCACCUCCUCAUCGAACCUCAGGACUCCAGCCGGGGAGCGAAGCGACCACGUCAGGACGGCGUGGAAUCUAAGCGGGUCAACAACGGAAAGCUGGGACGCGACAUCGCUUCGCGUUUCAACCUCUCCAACGACGAGGCUUACGAUCUGCUCAAGGAGAACCACCAGAGCAAGGUGCGCGCCACUCUGGGCAACAUCUCCGUGGAGCACGGUAUGCCCGCUGUCAAGCUCACCUGGCCGUACUACAAAGUCAAGCUUCCCGGGACCACGGAUGAGUACCACCGUCCUCGUUUCCGGUACAAGAAAUUCUCUGGCCACGUCAUCAGGUUCGACAAGCCCCUCUCCCACAAGAAGAAGCACAUGAAGGGCAAGGCACCCGACGUCUUCGCGUCCUCCAAGGACCUCAGCAUGAACGACAACUCCUCUGCUGUCCUCUUCGAGUACUGCGAGCCGAGGCCCAGGGUUCUCAACAACUUUGCCAUGGGCAGCAGGCUCAUCAACUACUACCGACGAAAGGAUGCAAAGGAUGAGGAACAGCUGCCCAAGCAGGAAUUGGGAGAGUACCGUUUCCUCCUGCCCGAGGACCGCUCGCCAUUCUCGCUCUUCGGAACGGUGGAUCCUGGCGAGACGGUGCCGACCCUGCACAACGAAAUGUACCGCGCGCCCAUCUUCAAGCACAGCCCUAGGAGCACCGACUUCAUCAUGGUGCGGAGCACCACCGGGGCAGAGGGCUCCAAGUGGUAUCUGCACAAGAUUGACCACCUCCACGUCGUCGGACAGGCGUUCCCCUCCGUCGAAGUGCCUGGACCGCACAGCCGCAAGGUGACGAACGCGUCCAAGAACAGGAUGAAGAUGUUGGCUUUCCGCAUGAUAAGGCAUAGCGGAACGGACAACUGCCAGCUCUCCGACAUCACGUACCACAUUGCGGAGUCGACGGAUACCCAGAAUCGCCAGAAGCUCAAGGAGUUCCUGCAAUACGACCGCGACAGCCGAGAACGGGGCAUGUGGCGUCUCAGGCCCGGCGAGAUCCUGCCUGACGAGAGUGCGGUCCGCGCCAUGGUCAAGCCCGAGGAGGUGUGCCUCCUGGAUGCCAUGCAGCUGGGGAUCAAGGAGCUGGAGGACGCCGGAUACGACCCCAGGAACGCCAACAUCGACGACGAAGCCCAGCUGGCCGACGCGGACGCGGACGAACCCGACGACGACGACGAGGGCAGCAAGGCCGGCAAGCCAGGUGGCGGUGGCAAGAAGGCAGCCGAGAAGCAGGAGGAGACGCUGGCGGACAAGAUGGCGCCCUGGAAGACGACCAAGGCCUUCAUCGACGCCUGCGCCCAGAAGGCGAUGCUGCAGCUGCAUGGCGAGGGCGACCCGACCGGUCACGGCCUGGGAUUCAGCUUCAUCCGAACGUCGAUGAAGGGCGGUUACAUCGAAGCGGUGCAGGGACCGCUGGCUACCUCGGCCGACGCGAUGGAGCGCGAGAAGCGUGCCAACGGAGGCCACGCCUACAACGUGAAGAAGCAGCAGGCCAUGUACGAAGAAGGCAUCCGUGAAAUCUGGGAGAAGCAGAGGAUGACGCUAUCGGACACCCAGGAGCACGACGACAAGGACGUGGCAGCGACGGAGGACGAGGACGAGCGGUUCAACGUCAACAUCGCAGCGACACCCGCGCAGUUUGACGACGGGACGAGUCAGAUUAGUGGCUUCACCUCAUCCAGUCGGCACGCCAAGCGGGCGAUCCGCAUCAACCGAGAGUUUCGACUGGCCGACGGCACGACGCAGAUCAGGCCGGAAGUCGUGCAUGACCCGGUCGUGAUAUCGCAGUACAUGAAGCGACGGACAGAAGCCGACCUUGAAACGAAAGAUUCCCGUCCUACAGGCAAUGCCGACCACGAUCGUCUCGCAGGCCUCAGAAUCAAGAAGGAGCUCGAACGACUGGAAAAGAACAAGGCCCGACGGCAAGCUCGCGAGCAACAGAAAGAACUGCACAACAAGGCUCACGGCAUCUCAGGCAACAUAGCGGGCAGCAUCUCAGCAGGCGGCGGCGGCGGCGGCGGCGGCGGCGGCGGCGACGCCGGAUCACCCGGAUCCACUGCGGGAGCAGCAGCAUCAACACCUGCGCCACCGGGCGGAGGCGUCGGAGGCGGCAACGUCAGCGCCAGCACGAGCGCCAGCAACAUGGACAAGAUCGCGACGGGGACGACCCGCAAGUGUGCUAAUUGUGGUCAGGUCGGGCACAUCAAGACGAACAAAAAGUUAUGUCCUCUGCUCAACGGGACGAUGAGCGGCGAUAACGGCGUCGCAGAACAUGGCGGGUUCGGGUCCUACAAUGCACCGGCGGGAUCACCGUAG